AUGUAUUUUAAAACAUUUUCAGGUGGUCUCCAAGCUCUCAUUCGAUGGACUUUCAUCAAAGACUGGCCCCUCCUGUUAGACGACCUGCACGAGGAUAUCUGGAUGAACUUUAUGCAUGACACAAUGCUAGAGGACACCUGCAUGUGCGACUGCAAGGACAAUAGUGGCCUACUGACUCACGGCAUCAGGCGCCGCGCUGGUUCAAAAGAAGUGGCGGCAAGACAAGUUGGCGACUGCAGAAUGAGUUCAGUGGUGCUGAACAGCAUCUCCGUCAUGAUGGUACCCGGCAUGUUCGUCACCUUUCUUACACAGCUUACCCUGGCGGAGAAGGUGAACCCUGACAAGAUCGGCAUUGCCCGGCAGAUUAGGUGCAUAAUGAAGCGCUUCACAGGAACGCAGAACUAUCUGCAAUUGGUCGAGAAUAGGGGAUUCGACGUCGAGAAAAUUAGACACGAAACAUCGCAUCAACUUAAGCCAGUUUCAGUCCAAACUUUAGAGCUGCCGUUAGUUGGCGCUACACUCCAGCGUAUAUGUGGUCAUAAAUAG